AUGAGAACUCUCGCCCUCCUCGCUGCUCUUCUCUUCGUGGCCCUCCAAGCCCAGGCUCAGAGCCUUGAAGAGAGAGCUGACCAAGUUCCUGCCCAGGACCAGCCUGGGGCCGAGGUCCAGGACAUGACCAUCUCCUUUGACGGGGAUGAACGCUCUCCUCGAGAGGCUUCAAAAAGCCUUCCAGGACCAGCCACUUGCACCUGCAGAAAGGCCUGGCUCUGCAGUUUUGGUGAGCGCCACUCUGGGAAAUGUACAGACAGAAAUGGCUCCGUGUACAGGCUCUGCUGUCGUACCUGA